ACGGAGACACUUCCGUUUCCGCGCGGAUGCAAGCAGCAUGGCGAAGGCCGGGGAGAAGAGCGUCGGGGGCGGGAAGCGCGGCCUGAAGAGGAAAGCGGCCGCGGAGGAGCCUCGGGAGGCCGCGGCCGCGGACGAUGGGGCGGCGGAGGGCGGGGCGCAGCCCCGGGCAGCGGCCGCCUUCCCGCCGGGCUUCAGUAUCUCGGAGAUUAAGAACAAGCAGCGGCGGCACUUGAUGUUCACGCGGUGGAAGCAGCAGCAGCGGAAGGAAAAGUUGGCAGCUAAGAAAAAACUUAAAAAAGAGAGAGAAGCUCUUGGUGAUAAGGCUCCACCAAAGCCAGUUCCCAAAACCAUUGACAAUCAGCGAGUCUACGAUGAGACCACAGUAGACCCCACCGAUGAAGAGGUGGCUUACGAUGAAGCUACAGAUGAGUUUGCCUCCUACUUCAACAGACAGACGUCUCCUAAGAUUCUCAUCACGACGUCGGACAGACCCCAUGGGAGAACAGUCCGACUCUGUGAGCAGCUCUCAACAGUUAUACCAGAUUCACAUGUUUAUUACAGAAGAGGAUUGGCUCUGAAGAAAAUUAUCCCACAGUGCAUUGCAAGAGAUUUCACAGACCUGAUUGUUAUUAAUGAAGAUCGUAAAACACCAAAUGGCCUUAUUUUGAGUCACUUGCCAAAUGGUCCAACUGCUCAUUUUAAAAUGAGUAGUGUUCGUCUUCGUAAAGAAAUUAAGAGACGAGGCAAAGACCCCACAGAACAUGUCCCUGAGAUAAUUCUGAAUAACUUUACAACACGGCUAGGUCAUUCCAUUGGACGAAUGUUUGCAUCUCUUUUUCCUCAUAAUCCUCAGUUUAUUGGAAGGCAGGUUGCCACAUUCCACAAUCAGCGGGACUACAUUUUCUUCAGAUUCCACAGGUAUAUAUUCAAGAGUGAAAAGAAAGUGGGAAUUCAGGAACUUGGACCACGUUUUACCUUAAAAUUACGAUCUCUUCAGAAGGGAACCUUUGAUUCUAAAUAUGGAGAAUAUGAAUGGGUCCAUAAGCCACGGGAAAUGGAUACAAGUAGAAGAAAAUUCCAUUUAUAAAGUACUGAGGGAGUAGUAUUGAAUUUUGCUGGACAGGCCUGUCUGGAAAAACUUGGUAAAUUAUUUACACAGCACCCUUUUCAAAUGGAAUUUAUUGAUUUUAUAAAUCUUAUAUUUGAACAAA